AUGCAUUCCAUUGAAUCCAUCCCAGAAAGUGAGUACUUUAAAGCUGAAGCUCACUUGUACAGAUACAUUUAUAGUCACAUUAAUGGCACAGUUCUCAAAUGUGCUGUUCAGUUGGAUAACCUAGACAUAAUCCACAACCAUGGCCAACCCAUUGCUAUUCCUCAAUUGAUCUCCAAACUAGAAGUUCACCCAACCAAAACUGCCUGUGUGGAGAGGCUUGUUCGCUUCUUGGUGCACAAUGGCUUCUUAUUAGAAACCAAAGUGAUCAAUGAAGAAGAAGAAGAAAAUGAGGCGUACACUCUUACUCCUUCUAAAUUACUUGUCAAAGACUUUAAAUCAAUCUUCAAAGGAUUGGAAUCCAUAGUUGAUGUAGGAGGCGGCACAGGCACCACAUGUAGAAUCAUCUCUGAAGCAUACCCUAAUCUGAAAUGCAUAGUGUUUGAUCUUCCACAAGUUGUUGAAAACUGUUCAGGAAGCAACAACUUGAGUUUUGUUGGUGGCAGCAUGUUUGAAUCCAUCCCUUUUGCUGGUGCGGUUCUUUUAAAGUGGAUAUUACAUAAUUGGGAUGAUGAAAGUUCUAUGAAGAUAUUGAACAAUUGUAAGGAGGCAAUUACAAAGAAAGGCAAAGGAGGGAAAGUUAUAAUCAUUGAUGCAGUGAUAAAGGAGAAGGAAGAUGACGAUAGCAUGACGCAAGUGAAACUCUUGUUUGACAUUUCGAUGAUGAGUACUCUCAAUGGGAAAGAAAGAACUGAGAAAGAAUGGAAGAAGCUUCGAAGCUGCAGCUUCAAACAUUACAAGAUUACUCCUCUUUUUGGUUUUAGGUCCAUUAUUGAAGCUUAUCCUUAA